GUGACAUUGAAAAAGUCACAUGAAAUAAACAUGGCGCGCAACAUGAGCUUGAUUUGUGGAAGACUAACUUUCUUUUUGUGUUUGAUAGUAGUUUCAACAUUUUCAGUGAGAUAUGAGCCAAACUGGGACUCUCUAGAUUCCCGUCCGUUACCUCCCUGGUACGACGCGGCAAAAGUUGGUAUAUUCAUUCACUGGGGAGUAUUUUCUGUCCCGAGUUUUGAGUCGGAGUGGUUCUGGUGGGACUGGGAGGGGGUCAAAACCAACAGCGCAGUAGAAUUUAUGAAAGCGAACUACCCUCCCGACUUCACAUAUGCAGAUUUCGCAAAGGAUUUUAGAGCUGAAUUCUUCAAUGCUUCAGAAUGGGCAGAGAUUUUCCAGGCUUCAGGGGCACAAUAUGUUGUUUUGACAAGCAAACAUCAUGAAGGGUUCACCAAUUGGCCGUCAAUGUUCUCAUUUAACUGGAACUCUAAAGAUGUCGGCCCAGCCAGAGAUCUUGUGGGAGAGCUUGCAACAGCCAUCAGAAACCAAACGGAUCUGUUUUUCGGCCUUUAUCAUUCCCUGUUUGAAUGGUUUCAUCCUCAGUAUCUACAGGACAAGGCCAACAAAUGGCAGACUCAGAAGUUUGUGGAGAGUAAAACAAUGCCGGAGCUGUACGAGAUUGUGAACCGGUACAAACCGGACGUGAUCUGGUCCGACGGAGACUGGGAAGCACCAGAUACUUACUUGAAUUCUACAAACUUCAUAGCCUGGCUGUACAACGAUAGUCCUGUGAGAGAAAAUGUCGUGACCAAUGAUCGAUGGGGUCAAGGGGUCAUGUGCAAACAUGGAGGAUUCCUCACCUGCUCAGACAGGUAUAACCCAGGAAAGUUGCAAAAGAGAAAAUGGGAAAAUGCCAUGACAAUUGAUAAGCAAUCUUGGGGUUACCGUAGAAACACAAAGCUGUCAGAAUUUCUGACCACGGAUGAGCUCAUUGGAACACUGGUGGAAACAGUCAGCUGCGGGGGAAACAUUCUGGUUAACGUGGGUCCCACCAGUGACGGUAAGAUUAUACCGGUGUUUGAGGAGAGGCUGAGAGAAAUGGGACAAUGGCUGAAGGUCAACUCUGAGGCUAUUUAUGGAACUUAUCCUUGGACGUACCAGAAUGAUACCAUUACUCCCAAUGUCUGGUAUACAGCUGUAAAAAUAAGCAUGGAGCAAAUGUUGUACGCAGUAUUUCUAGACUGGCCUGCCAAUAAAACGAUUCACCUCGGAGUUCCUAAAACAGCGGAAUGGACCACUGUAUAUUUAGUGGGCCAUGAAGACAAGCCAGUGAACUUUACCACCCUACACCCACAGGGGGUUCUGUUAGAGAUCCCCCAAAUCCCCACCAAGGAGCUGCCAUGUCAGUGGGCCUGGACAUUUGUGUUUCAGGGAGUGCUGAAGUGAUCCAGUGACCCAGAAAACAUUACAGCAACAUUUCUUCUCAUAAUUUCAGACAGUGAUUAACCAUUCAAUAAUUUUAGGCUUCUCAUUUUUCACAUUUCUUCCAUGCAUGUUAUAUA